CAAAUCAACACACAUUGUAGUGUUUCUUCUCAGCCUUGCUUCUUGCAUUGGCCUUUCGGCUUUCAGCAAAAAGGGGGAAGCUAGGAAGCAGGAGCAGCACGCGGUGUGUGGGAAUGGCGGCUCUCCUCGUUAUCUUGGUGCUCACCGCCAUGGCGCAGGUGGCGUACUGCGGCGGCGGUCACGACUACGGCACGGCGCUGAGCAAGAGCAUCCUCUUCCUGGAGGCGCAGCGGUCCGGCACGCUCCCCAGCAGCCAGAGGAUCGCCUGGAGGGCCAACUCCGGCCUCCUCGACGGGAAGGCCAACGGGGUGGAUCUGACGGGGGGUUACUACGACGCCGGCGACAACGUCAAGUUCGGGCUGCCGAUGGCGUUCACGGUGACCAUGAUGUCGUGGAGCAUCGUGGAGUACGGCGAGCAGAUGGCGGCCGCCGGGCAGCUCGACCACGCCGUCGAGGCCGUCAAGUGGGGCACCGACUACUUCAUCAAGGCGCAUCCGGAGGCCAACGUGCUCUACGGAGAGGUCGGAGACGGCGACUCGGAUCACAGCUGCUGGCAGCGGCCGGAGGACAUGACGACGAGCCGUCAGGCGUACCGCCUCGACACGCAGCACCCGGGGUCCGAACUCGCCGGAGAGACCGCCGCGGCAAUGGCUGCCGCGUCACUCGUGUUCCGCCGCUCCAACCCGGGCUACGCCAGCCAACUCCUGCAACAUUCCAAGCAGCUGUUUGAUUUCGCCGACAAGUACCGCGGAAGGUACGACACCAGCAUCCCGGUCGCCAAGGGCUAUUACGGAUCGGUCAGCGGAUACGGGGACGAGCUUCUCUGGGCAUCGGCGUGGCUGUACCAAGCGACGAACGACGAACACUACCUGGCGUACCUGGCCAACAACGGCGACUCGCUGGGCGGCACGGGCUGGUCCACGAACCAGUUCGGCUGGGACAUCAAGUACCCGGGCGUGCAAGUCCUGGCAUCCAAGAUCCUCCUCCAGGGCAAAGCCGGCGCCGCGGCGCACGCCGGCGCGCUGCGGCGGUACCAGCAGAAAGCCGACCUCUUCGCGUGCUCCUGCCUCGGCAAGGCAUCCAACAACAACGUCCAGCGGACGCCCGGGGGCAUGCUGUACUUCCAGAAAUGGAACAACCUGCAGUUCGUGACCUCCGCGGCCUUCCUGCUCGCGGCCUACUCCGACCACCUGGGCCAGGCGAAACGGGCCGUCCAGUGCCCGUCCGGGAGCACGGCCCAGCCCGCCGAGCUCUUGUCCUUCGCCACGGCCCAGGUGGACUACAUCCUGGGGUCCAACCCGAGGGCGACGAGCUACAUGGUAGGCUAUGGCGCCACGUACCCGCGCGAGGCGCACCACCGUGGCGCGUCCAUCGUUUCCUUCAAGUCCGACCCGUCCUUCGUGGGGUGCAACGAGGGGUACUCUAACUGGUAUGGUCGGAAAGGGAGCAACCCCAACUUGUUGGAUGGAGCUAUUGUUGGUGGCCCUGAUGAGUACGAUAACUUCGCCGAUGAGAGGAAUAACUACCAGCAAACGGAGCCCACAACCUAUAACAAUGCGCCGCUCAUGGGCGUGCUCGCUCGUUUGGCCGCCGGCGGCAGUAGCCGGUUUGAUCGGUCAGUUUCGGACGAGAUUGCUACGGCAGGAAUCAAGAGUGACAACCGGACCUCGCUUCCAUCUCUUUCCCCUGCUGCUGAUGAGCACGCCUCGCCCAUUGCGAUCGAGCAGAACGUGACGGCGUCGUGGACGGAGAAGGGCCGGACAUACACCCGGUACGUGGUGACGGUGACCAACGGAUAUCCACACAAGACGGUGCAGGAGCUCCACAUCGGCGUCGCCAAGCUCUACGGUCCAGUGUGGGGGCUCCGCGAGACGCGGUACGGCUACGUGCUCCCAGGCUCGGACCCGGCGCUGCUUCCCGCCGGCGGGAGCGCAGUGUUCGUGUACGUGCACGCCGCGCCGCCGGCGGACGUCUGGGUCACGGGCUACAAGCUCGUCUGAAAAUCAGCUGCAGGCUGCAGCACUGGGCCGGGGGGCACGCAGUGUGUUGUGGCGUGGUACUACGCGAGUUAUAAUUGUUAGGGUUUACAACAAGAGGAAAGUUGUGGGGGGUGAUGGGCUACUGACGAUCUCAGCCAUCCUCCUUGCCCUUUCUAGGCUAAGCUAGUGGCUAGUGGUUGCGUGUAUCGUGAGUGGAGUGAUAUGAUAUGUUGUGCUAUACGUGGACCAGCGAUUACUCUUCCAACAUGUCACGCGUGUUUUUAUUAACGUGAAAUAUAAGACGUUUAGGGCUUGUUUGGCAA